CGCCACCACCUCCUCGUCCACCACCACCUCUUCCUCGUCCACCACCACCUCUUCCUCCUCCACCACCACCUCUUCCUCCUCCACCACCACCUCUUCCUCCUCCACCACCACCUCUUCCUCCACCACCUCUUCCUCCACCACCUCUUCCUCCACCACCACCUCUUCCUCGACACCUUGAGCCAGAUAAGUCCCGCGUAGACCUGCUCCACCUUCUCGCAGCAGCAAUGUCCGUGCGCGUGUUUGAGGGCGCUGAACUAGCCCGCCUGUAUAAGUGCUACCGGCCCAUCCUGCCGGCAGACGUCUUGACAACCCUAACCGACUACGUGUAUGUAAAGACGGGGAGCAAGCCCAGCCUCGUUGUGGAUGUUGGCUGUGGAAGCGGGCAGGGCACGGAGCUUCUGGCAUCUAUCAGCAAAACCGUGUUGGGCAUCGAUGUGAGCCCAUCGCAGAUAGAAGAAGCGAUGCUCGCAAAACAUCCCAACAACAUCACCUACAUGGUGGGGCCAGCCGAGACCCUUCCCGUAGAGGAUGGCUCCGUGUCGCUGCUAACCGCCUUCACGUCAGCGCAUUGGUUUGACCUGCCAGCCUUCAUGCGCGAAGUCAAGCGGGUGCUGCAGCCACGUGGCUGCCUCGUCAUCUAUUCCCCCAUGAUCCCACUGAACGUCGAGUAUGGAGCCUUCACGGAGAAACUCACACAAAUCAUGUGGAAGGUCUUUGAAGAUCUUCGCCCAUACGAGAAUCACAAGAUGAACCACCUGCGUGAAGAUUAUACUGCCAUGUGUGAAGCCAUUCCGUUUGUGGACAAGAAGAGGCUGGAGGGUGACAGGGUAUUUGCACUCGUCAAAGUACCGGAAUUCAUGGGGUUAAUUGGCAGCUUCGCCGAAUACCAUGCGCUGAAGGCUGCAGAACCUCUUGCUGCACAGGCCUUCAUGGAAGAUGUAGAGAAAAGAGUUAAAGAGACUCUGGGUAACGCAGCAGCUUCUGCUGAAAUGAAGAUCGUGGUGAAGACCGUUCUGCUGCUGGCCUGCAACGACUCUCAGAGCUCAUAAUGCUACUGCUGUGACCAGAGUGCUCAAAGCCACCUGUUUGUUGCAAACAAUACGGGGACUCCUACUUAGGAACAUUUCUACUAAUGAACUUGCAUGUAUAUGAACAAACAUCCGUAUGUCCAGUAGCAUGUUCGGACCGAGGGUCGUAUGUUCAACUGCCUCGCAAUAGAUAGUGGUGGUGGCAUCUACUGUAUAUCUGCAGAACAUCAAGAACCAGCGGCAUCUAUAAGAGAUAGACAAUUUCUAAAACCAUUCCCUCUGUUUCCUGUACAUGCUGUAAGUGUUUGGAAGCGACAAAACGAAAGUUGGAUUUACAAACAAAUCGACUUAGGUUCCAGAGUUCUGUUCGUAAGUAGAAGUCCCUGUAAUGUCGUUUCAAAUAAAAGAACAGAAUGGAUUCCAGUUAUGAUUUGUCUGUCAUUUACUGAUACUAUCGAUUCUAACGUUU